UUCACUUUACCAAGGCUGAUUGAUCAGCGUCCCUCCUCUUCUCUCACUAACUUUGACGCCUCUACAUUCCAAGUGUCAUGGACACUGUGGAACUCUUUGACUUUCGGAAGAUUCUUGACGCCCAUGUCUUGAGUUGAAGUGGUGAUCGCCCUGGAUUUGGAUCCAAGAGAUACCUCAUCAUUGGCUGGCCCGCCUACGGCUCCAGUUGGCUCUCUACCAAAAGAUGACGACAACUGAUUCUCAAGAGGAUGCCCAUGGGCUCUCACUCACUGCCUCUCACCACAGACAACAUCACCACCAGCACGAUGAUGAGUCCCGUCUUCUGCGUCGAACGGGCUCCCAGGAUUUCAGUGCUGCAGAGAGCAUAGCCGUCCGAGAAGUUAUCCCAGAUGACUCAAGCUCCGACUCUGAAUAUGAUCUACCCGAUGUCAUCGCUCCCAAAUGGCCCCGGUCUACGAAAUACCUUCUCCUCCUCUGUGCACUGUUCACCAGUCUGGCCUUUGGUGUCACUCAAGUCCCACUUCUCUAUGUCUUCAGGCUAAUGACCUGCGACGCCUAUUAUCAAGACCAUCCGUCCCAGCGAGAUGACUCCAUUGUACAUCCACCGAGUUCUCUGACGUCUUAUUUUGUGCACCUGUCAGCGCCCGUGAUUCCAGGCCCCUCUUCAUCAGAUAGAUGCUCAAUCCACGCCAUUGAAGCGUCGACCGCGCUUUCCAUAUCUAUACUAGGCGCCACCACAACCGUGUUCGGUCUUUUUAAUCUCUUCUGGACAGGAUAUCUGAUCAAGCGCAUUGGUGUCAAGGCAACCUUGUUCAUUCAAGUUUCUUUUCCUGCUGUCCGCUUAUUCAUCCAGAAUGUUGGUGUCGAGGUCUGGGGUCAUGCCGGAAUCAACAUUGUCCAGUCCUCGCAGAUUGUGAGCAUUAUCGGCGGUCCCAGUGGCUAUCUUCUCGUACUCAACACCUUCAUGACCGACAUCGUUGAACACGAAGGCCGAACUGCCGCCCUUGGGAGAGUUACAGGGGCCGCCAUGGCUGGGUCCGCUUUUGGCUUCCUCGCUGGUGGCCUCGUAGCUGAGGCAUACGGUGUCAAAAUACCGUUUCGUCUUGCCUUUCUCCUCUUCGCUGGCGCCGGCUUCUAUGUCCUCACCUUUUUGCCUUACAUUCCUCCUGCUGAAAAUAAACAUCUACCCCAGCAAUCAAGCAACGAGGAGAAAAAGACAAGGCUUCUCACUCGCUACUUCGGCCCGCUCACCGUAUUUAUGCCCAAGAAAUUCAUCGGGAGAGAUGGGCUUGUCCGAACCGAGUAUGGUGCAUUCUUGCUCGCUUGUGGUGUCUUCCUCGGCAUUCUCGCUACAGGCUAUCUUGUCACUUUACUGCAGUUGUACGCCACGGAUGUUUUUGAUUUUGGCACCAAGCAAAACGGCUGGCUGAUCUUCAUGUUCUCCAUGCUCAGGGGUCUCUUCCUGACCUUUGUCUUUCCCCAGUUGAUCGCCUUGGGUCGGCGCCUUACACCCACUCAGAAUGUUAAUGCUUCAAAGCCUUCUGAACAACAGCCUUUGCUUCCUACGCCUCCAUCAGAUCCACAGGCUAAGUCAGAGCAGACAUUUACAUUCGACCUGACAUACACAAAGGCAUCCUUGCUUGCCGAUGGCUUACUUACCCUUCUGUGCUCGUUUGUGCAUCGAGGGUGGCAGAUGUAUCUGGUAGCUGCAAUUCUCCCAUUUGCUUCCGGUACUGGUUCCGCCUCCAAAGGCACCAUUCUUCAAAUGCUCGGAGGUUCUGCCACCAGCUCCGAAAGGACGGACGCCCUUGCUGGCAUCAGUCUCGUUGAGAACAUGGCCCGAUUAUCCACAACUUCUGUGUUUGGAGCUGUGUUUGCGGGCUUCACCAGCAUCGGAAAGCCCCACUUGGUCUUCACUUGCAACGCCGCUGUUGCAUUUGUGGGAUUCGCCAUUCUACUCUUCGCUCGCUUUCCUCUAGAAGGUAGCCGGCCAGUCGCUAAUGAUGACGGAACUGAAAACGAAUAAUGAAAAGCAAAGAUAAGGCCAGGAUAUUGUUACUUGAUAGAACAUUAGACACUUUGAACCAGCGAAUGAUUUUCAACAAACAAACCACAUUACGGAGUCUGUCGAAUGGAGCCAAAGUGUAGACCGAGGCGAAGUGGAUUACAUCGAAACUGGCCAUUCAUCGUGACGCACUGUUGGAUCAUACCAACCUAAGUGGCCAGAACAGAGUCUCAUGUGAACAGAUGGAGAUCUAGACAACCAUGCCAGGGCCCUUGGCUCUUUGGGCCAAGUGAGUGGGAGAUGUCCGGGUAGCUGUCAGUGGGCAAUAUCCGUACCGG